ACUCUAUCCAUGCUCCUCUCGUUCAUGCCCUCUCGUUACUGUACCCUCUGUUCAUACUCCACUCGUCCAUCCCCUCGUCCAUCCCCUCGUCCAUAUCCUCUCCUUACCAUACCCUCUCCUCAUUCCUUUCCUCGUCAGCCUCUCUCGCGCCCAUCACCACUUUGGUCACCACUAGAUCUUUUUGUACCUGCCCUUUCACGAUGCCAUCAGAAUCAGAAAAGGCCUCCGGUUUUCAUGACCAUGACAACCAAUUCUCCCAUACCCGAGCUUCUUCAGGCGAUACAGAAGACUUCACUAAUGAUCCCCGCUACGGUACUUUGAACCAGGUGCACCAGAAAGAGGAGCAUGAUGGUGAUAAACGCACUUCCUUCGCCAGCAUGCGUACCAGCGAACAUCCGAUACUGUACUACAGCGAACACUCAACAAUUCAUCACUCGAAGCGAAAGCGACCCGAGCUAGAUGAGUCGGACGGGUCGCGUUCUCCACGUGCCCAACGUCAACGUGUAAAUGGCGUAUCGGACCCCCGAGACAACGCCUAUGACCAACCGUCGAGCAAAAAAGGAAAGAUUGGUCCUCCUCGGGACCGACUAUCCGAUCCAUCUCUGUGCUCGCAACCUCAACCCCGUUGCACCAACGUGUCGGAAGGCUUCAUUUCGGCUACUGUACAUCCUGGCCCAGAGGAGAACUACUCCAGGCCUUUCCCAGAUGACAAUAGUGAAAAAAGCCAAAUCGACGACGGCGGACUGCAAACCCAUUCUCUGUGGCCUCUAGUGGCCUGCCCCCGUCGCAGCUACAGUUUAGCGGUGAUCCUCGACGAUGAACCAGAGGCUCGGAAUGCAGAACGACACAACCGGUUACCGCGUCAGAGAGAUCCCUUAUCUCAGGAUUAUGGUGAUCAUGUCGAACGUGGUCUUAGAGUCAGUCCAGAGGAAGAUGCUAUUGGGGACGCCCAAGCCAAUGAUGGCUCGGAGCUUCCACUUACGUCUGGCUCUGCAUUCCAACACCCUUCUCCAUACCUGAUUCCGGGCCCUAGUGGCCUCUCAGCACAGCCUACUCAAGAGGUCUUCAGGCUCAACCCCAGCCCUGUUCUGUCAACUGUGUCAGACGAUCCUCCAUGCUUUACUCUAUCUAGCGUUGUAGCGAUCGCCCGGGAUAAGCGGACGUCGGUUGCCUGCAAAUACUGUCGCAAGAGGAAGAUUCGUUGUGGAGGACGUCAGUCUGGGAGCGAAGAGAGGUGUAAGAAUUGCAGCAAGUUGAACAGAGAGUGCAUCUUUGCACCGGCGUCCCCCAUCAGCUAUACAGCCGUUACUCCUCAUCCCUCCAGGUCUGCUGGAGGGCCGCUCGGAAGGACUAUAUAA